CCACCAAUCACUGAUAGAAAAAGACUUUCACUGCUCCGAGCAAGGUAACAGGAGACAGAAUCAACAAUCAGUGUUUCUGAAGACUUUUUUUUUUGAAACGAAAGUGAUUUUGUAGCAGAGAGUGGAACUGAUCUCAUCUACGAUAUUAAACUGGAUCUAGUCAAGUGAAUUAAAAUGGACCACGUGAAGAUUACUGAGGACAAACUGAGUAUGGAUGAAGUCACAUUACUGGUUACCUCACCUACCUCAGGGGCCAUCUCUGUGUUCAUGGGAACAACUCGUGACAACUUUGAGGGUAAAAAAGUAACCCGACUGGAGUACGAAUGCUAUGCUCCAAUGGCUGAACAAGAGAUGUUAAAAAUCUGCCGACAAAUCAGGAAUAAAUGGGAUGUUGAGAAUAUUGUCAUUCUACAUAGGAUUGGGGAAGUUCCUGUGUGUGAAGGUAGUGUGAUUGUCGCAGUGUCUGCUCCACACAGGAAGGAGUCACUUGAGGCUGUUCAUUAUGCCAUUGAUACAUUAAAAGCACAGGUGCCAGUAUGGAAAAAAGAAUUUUAUGAAGAUGAAACCUAUUCCUGGAAGGAAAAUUGUGAAUGUUCAUGGAAGAAAUAGGGUAUUUUGAUAUGUUUAUGUGCAAGAGUUCGAACUACAUGUAUUAAAUAUAUAAUGUUUCAUCACUAGCUAUAUUUCAGAGUGAAUUUAAUUUGUAAUCAAGUGUUUUGAUAUAUGUACAUAUAUAAAUAUAUGGAACAGUGAGAAAUACAGCAUUUUUAUACAUGUCUGUGACAGUAUAUAUAUAUAUAUUGGAUUGAUGAGUUUUGAUAUGACUGUGGAUUUAAUCCAGUUUUAUAGGAAUGUGGUAUAAACAUGUUCAGUUAUGUGUACAUGAAUAUUAAUUAUGUUAUAACAGAGUAUAAAUAUUAUUCCUUUCAUUGUUAGCCACAUCACAUAUCUGUCUGCAUAAUACGCUAUGUAUGUCACUUGUUGAACGAUGACUGCUUUAAAGAUUCCAUCCACACAGUCAUUAUUUAUGUGCUAGUAUCAUGAUGUCAUUUAAUCCAUCAUAUGAAAGUUUUGAUGUUUUUCGACAAAAAUAAUAUAUGAUUUUGGUUUGAAAAAAACAUGUUUAAAUGCAGAACAAUGUGAU